AUGAAGAACAGCAGUGAAGGGAAAUGUUCCCAGUGGGCAGAACUUCAAGCAGUGGAGAAGGAGAAAUGGCCAGAUAUGCAAUUACAUACUGAUUCAUGGGCUGCAGCCAAUGGUUUGGCUGGAUGGUCAGGGACUUGGAGGAGGCAUGAAUUGAAAAUUGGUGACAAAGAAGUUUGGAGAAGAGGUAUGUGGAUGGACCUCUCUGAGUGGUCAAAAAAUGUGGGGAUAUUUGUGUCCCAUGUGAGUGCUCACCAAUGGGUGAGCUCAGCAGAGGUGGAUUUUAAUAAUCAAGUGGAUAGGAUGACCUGUUCUGUGGACACCACUCACCCUCCUUCCCCAGGCACUCUGUCAUCGCCCAAUGGGCCCAUGAACCAAGUGGCCAUGGUGGCAGGGAUGGAGAGGGGUGUUGAGCAUCUCCCUCUGCUACUUCUUUUGACAGAUGUGAACAGCAAGGAACUGCAAAGUGGAAACCAGACUUCUGUGUCUCACUUCGUUUUGGUGGGCCUGCACCACCCACCACAGCUGGGAGCGCCACUCUUCUUAGCUUUCCUUGUCAUCUAUCUCCUCACUGUUUCUGGAAAUGGGCUCAUCAUCCUCACUGUCUUAGUGGACAUCCGGCUCCACCGUCCCAUGUACUGGUUCCUGUGUCACCUCUCCUUCUUGGACAUGACCAUUUCUUGUGCUAUUGUCCCCAAGAUGCUCGCUGGCUUUCUCUUGGGUAGUAGGAUUAUCUCCUUUGGGGGCUGUGUAAUCCAACUAUUUUCUUUCCAUUUCCUGGGCUGUACUGAGUGCUUCCUUUACACACUUAUGGUUUAUGACCGUUUCCUUGCCAUUUGUAAGCCCUUACACUAUGCUACCAUCAUGACCCACAGAGUCUGUAACUCCCUGGCUUUAGGCACCUGGCUGGGAGGGACCAUCCAUUCACUUUUCCAAACAAGUUUUGUAUUCCGGCUGCCCGUCUGUGGCCCCAAUCGGGUCGACUAUAUCUUCUGUGACAUUCCUGCCAUGCUGCGUCUAGCCUGCGCUGAUACGGCCAUCAACGAGCUGGUCACCUUUGCAGACACUGGCUUCUUGGCCCUCACCUGCUUCGUGCUCAUCCUCACUUCCUAUGGCUAUAUUGUAGCUGCCAUCCUGCGAAUUCCGUCAGCAGAUGGGCGCCGCAAUGCCUUCUCCACGUGUGCUGCCCACCUCACUGUUGUCAUUGUUUACUACGUGCCCUGCACCUUCAUUUACCUGCGGCCUUGUUCACAGGAGCCCCUGGAUGGGGUGGUAGCUGUCUUUUACACUGUCAUCACUCCCUUGCUUAACUCCAUCAUCUACACACUGUGCAACAAAGAAAUGAAGACAGCAUUACAGAGGCUAGGGGGCCACAAGGAAGUGCAGCCUCACUGA